AUGGCUUCAAAUACGGGAGAUAAUUUUGGCGGAUGGCUGGUGCGUGUUAGAAGUGGUGGCACGGAUACCCUUUCCUGUUGUGGUUCAUACUAUUCGCCAUUGUUGGUGAUCUCUUCUGCCAACUGCAUAAAUCCUUUUCGAUACCAACUAGACGAGGCGAACGUAGUGUCGACAGCCAAUGCAGAAGACGAGGACUACAACUUCUCCCGAGUUGAUACAGUAUACUUUCCAGAUGACUUUACGGCACUUAAAACCAACGUGGACAUAUCGGUGGUCAGGUUGAACAGUCCCUUAAAAGGCAGCAUGACCGAAUUCAUCAAGCUGGCCCCCGUAAUGCCGAGCCUUGACGAUACAUAUCUUACAUUUGGAUGGGGCUUUGACAGUCUGGAAGUGCAGCCACCUUCAGAUGAGCCACGAAAGACAGAACUGACAUUUACGCCGCUGGAUACAUGUAAAACAAAAAUUCAGACGGGAUUUGUCUCGGACACUGUUCUGUGCGCGAAAAUGCCCGAGGAUAGUUUUGAGUGCAUUUACGAUGGUGGUUCUCCGGUGGUCUGGAAAAACCUACUCGUUGCCGUCGCCUCGGUGGGAUUUACAUGUAGGAAUACUUCGCUUCCUGGCAUUUAUACGAGCGUGAUCAAGCUAACACCUUUUAUAAAGAAUAUUCGGAAAGCAGUCAGGUCUGGUCAAUUGGCUCGUCGUAAAAGGGAAAUCCGUCAGCAGUGGGAAAGCCUAAAAAGAUCACCAAGCCCAUAA